AUGUUUGAUGCACGAACUGAAACUCUAUCAAAUGAGACAAGUUAUUUUACUAUAUUUGAUAUCCAUCGUGUGGACAUUGAUUUUGGUUGUAUUAAUAUCCAGAAGCAACCUUCUAUAAAGCAUCCUUUAUUAAAAAAUCAUAAAAUCCAGUCGAUCACCCUCGAUACAAAUCAAACUACGACAUUUCAUGGAGGAUAUGCAUACGUUGGUGCAUAUAAUUUACAGCUUAAAGGAAAACAAUAUAGUUUAUCUGGAAUUUUGGUUGAGAGUGGUCAACCAUCUAAUUUAAAUAGCAUAUUUGAUGGCAUCAGGGUUAUGCCAAACUUAUAUGGAGAUAGUGAAAUUUACCUAACAUCACGUUGGACGGCAGGUGGAUCAGGAUGUUACAAUAUUCAUUGUCCUGGGUUCGUGCAAGUCAAAAGUAAUCCAUAUCUUGGAAUGGACAUAUCACAUGUUUCUAGCAUUGGAUCGUUUAAAAAAUGGGUUGUUGUUCCCACAAUCAAACAGGAGCAAACACUUUAA